GAGCACAACUGUUAUUUGAGUAAACUGCCUCUAUUUCUAUCAUGAUUGCCACAAACAUGAUACCUGAACCACACAGUGUCAAACAGUGGCAUUUGGAGAGCUUGGGGACGACAAGCCCCAGCCCAAAUUGAACAACAGAAAUGCUGCAUACACGAUUCAGCUCUUGGACAACUAUUGAAAACCAAUCUCUUAACAAGCAGCUCUUUCAGGAAAGAGUCAGGUUUAUAAGCCAUUGGUUUGACAUGUGGACUGACAAGCAGCAUAAGCAGUUUUUGCACUGGAUUAUCUUGAAGUGUGGUGCAUCACAGCUGAAGUUUGUUGGAAAAUGGUUUAUUGAAAAUAUCCCAGAGAUCAAAGUGGACUUCACCAGCUUGCUACCACGUUUCAUAUCGUACAUAUUCUCCUUUCUGAGCCACGAUCUAUGUACAGGAGCCCAAGUAAGCUGGAAGAACUGGUAAUUCUUAAGAGAGCAAGAUUGUCUGUGGAUGCCAAAAUGUGUUUGGUUUGGAUGGUUUCUUCCCUACAGUCCAGCACAAAAUGAAUACAGUGCUUGGAAACAACAUUAUAUUGCAUGUGCAACCCAACUGGAUGGCUCAGCCCCUAUGGAAACCACGAAAAUGCAUGAGGCUCUCAGUGGACCUGAACAAAAAGAGAGAAUAUAUGAAAAAUUGCUACAAAAAAUAAUUUGAAAGAGACUAUCAUUACACAAGAAGAAGCUGUUGAAAAUGCAUCCGCCUUGGCUAAGUGGAACACAGAGUUCCAGAUUUUUCAAAUCAGGAUUUCAACCAUACUUGUCUCAUGUUGGAUCACCAGAAGCAUUGUUACUAAUGAAGAAGAGAAUGUCCUCAAACUGCAUACUUUCAGAACAAGUUUCCAAAGAAGUCAAAUCUGUACCAAACUUCAGUCUGGCAACUGAGCAGCAUUUUGUAUUAGCCUCCUUUAAACCUUUGCCAAAAAGAAAGAAUGUUGCUGGGAGCAACUAUUACCCAGUCUCACCUCACACACAUCGUCUAACUGUUUCCCAAAGAUAUGCCAGUAAGGCAUAUCUUCUUCUGCCACACCUGAUCUUGUUAUCAUCCCAAGUUCCAGCUUAUGAAGUGAUGGUGGACAGUGUUAAGCCUGGAGUAAUCCCUCUAGUAUAUGAACAUUGUGGCACAACACUGAAAAACCUCUUUUAUUACACAGAAAAAGAGCUGGAUAGCUGAACACUGAAGAGAAUUGGGAUCAUUAGUGAUGGAGAUUCCAGAGGGAUUAAUUUACUUCAAGGCUGUUGAAUCAGCAUGAAGAACCUUCUUAAUCCUGAAGUAAGAGAAUUCUGGAAGAAGUUAGGAAGCUUUGUCACCUCUCAACAACAAGAAGGUGGCUAUGUAGACAUUUUUCUUCCUCUUGCAGCAUCAGAGGCAGGAAUGGAGCUUCUUUCCCAGCUGUCUUGUCUAACUAGAGCAUUCUUCAGAACUCCCACAGGCAUAGCAACUGGAUCAUAUCAGCACAUCAUCAGUGAAUGGUUGGGAAAUGAGAGAGAGGACCCUCCACUUUCUCUGUACUUCACUGAAGCAAAGUUGCUGAUGUGGUUGAGAUUGACAGAACUCUUAGAAGAUACACUGAAGGCUGUCAGGAAACAACUGAGACCAUACCUUUAUGAUUUACAGAAGAACAUGACUGGAAAGAUUAUUGGUCAGAUUAUAUUUGAUGCCCGGAGCUGGUCAGAAGCAUAGGAUAACUAAGCAAUAGCUAAGGCUUUGACUGAUGGAUUAAUUGAACACUCAAAAGGAAACUGUGAAAACCCUUUGGAAUUCUUAUCACAUUUCCUGUUAAAGAAACAUAGGGCUAAAAACAAGGAACUCAGAAGCCAAGUUUUUUUGACGAAUAAUCCAGAAGCAAGAGUUGGAUCAUCAGUUAAGAAUUGGAAACUUCAGGAGAACACACCAGAGAAGUGAGAGAAAUUUGCUAAAGAACUCCUGAUCAGCGAGAAGAAUUAUGUCCAUGUACUAGAAAUUAUAAGAGAUGUUUAUACUAAGCCAUUGAAAGCAGCAUUAGCAUCCAAUCGACCCAUCUUAAACCAUGCUAAUGUUCAGAUAAUUUUCUCUGAUAUCUUGGACAUCUUGGAACUCAACAGCUGGUUUUUGGCAGCGCUAAUACAAAGGCUUAAGGGAUGGGGCCUAGCCCAAAACUUAGGAAACAUAUUCAUCAAAUUUGACAAGCAGUUUCAAACAUACACAAACUUCUACAACAAUUAUGCAGUAAUUCUGAAAACAAUUGACCAGCAGUUAUUGAAAGCCAACAGAUAUCUAAUUAAAACACAAGAUGUAGCCCAGCUACGCUGCUGUUCUGAGAAAGUCAGUGCUCCACUCAGACUCUAUGAACACAUCUGCGACUUUAGCCUUUUCCUUUUCAACGAUAUACUUGUUAUCGCUCAGCGUAGCAUCUCACACAAGCCUUUUGAAUGGAGCACAAAGAUAACUCACCAAUUCUUGGAGAUGGUGGCACUUCAUCAACUCUUUUUUGAAGAUAUUCUAGAGACCAAAUAUAUAAAGAAUGCUUUUCUUCUACAAGGGCCAAGGCAUCAACUGAUUUGUUCUACAGAGGAAGCUGACAAGUUCCCAUGGCUUUCCGCACUGCAAAGAGCACUUAUCUAUAACACUGAGGAGAAUGGAAGCAUCUUUUAAGAUUUACAACUGCCUGCAACUUAAUUCCAUGCUCACUAGCUUUGACACAGGAAAUGAAUCUAUUUCCAAUUAACCUUUGCUCAAAUCCACUUUUGAUUUAACAAUUAGCUAUAGACAGAUGACAUGAAAAAGUUAAAUUGUAUACACAUAGGA